AUGUACCUGAUCACAGUGUUUGGAAACCUGCUCAUCAUCCUGGCUGUCAUCUCAGACUCCCACCUCCACACACCCAUGUACUUAUUCCUCUCCAACCUGUCCUUUGUAGACAUCUGUUUCACCUCCACCACCAUCCCAAAGAUGCUGUGGAACAUUCAGAAAAAAAGCAACAUUAUCACCUAUGAAGGCUGCAUCACGCAGAUGCAUUUUUUCUUAUUAUUUGGAGCAUUGGACACUUUCCUCCUGGCAGUGAUGUCUUAUGACCGGUUUGUGGCCAUCUGCCACCCCCUGCACUACACAGUCAUCAUGAAUCCCCGGCUCUGUGGACUGCUGGUGCUGGUAUCUUAUAUUAUGAGUUUCCUGUGUUCCCUGUUACAAAGCUUUACGGUGGUGCAGCUGACCUUUUGUCCAGGCAAGAAAAUCCCCCACUUUUUCUGUGAAAUCAGUCAGGUUAUCCAGCUUGCCUGUUCUGACACUUUUCUUAAUAACACUCUGAUGUAUUCUGCAAUUGGGCUCUUUUGUGGUGGUCCAUUCAUUGGGAUAUGUUACUCAUACUCCAAGAUAGUUUCUACCAUACGAGGAAUCUCACCAGCUCAGGGGAAAUUUAAAGCAUUUUCUACAUGUGCAUCACAUCUCUCCAUUGUCUCCUUAUUUUAUGGUACAGGCUUUGGAGUGUACAUUAGCUCUGCUGCUACUCACAGAUCACAUUCAAGUGCGACAGCCUCGGUGAUGUACACUGUGGUCACACCCAUGCUGAACCCCUUCAUCUACAGUCUGAGAAAUAAAGACAUAAAGAGGGCUCUACGAAGAUUCUUUGGGAUGGCAGAUAUAAAAAGACCAAUAGUUAUGAGGCUGAAGAAGUGUUGGUUAUUGUAG